GGCGGCGCCGCGGGGCUGCGGGGGCUGGCGGCGCUCAGAGCCUCGGGAGCCGCAGCCAUGUUCGGGGGUCUGGGGCGCUGCUUCGAGGAGGAUCCCUUCUUCCGGGACCCCUUCGCUGCCCACCAGGAGCAUGUGCGGCAGGUGCUGCGGAGCUUCUCCGAUCCGUUCGGCCGGGAUCCGUUCCUCAGCCUGCCAGCCGCGGGGGAGAGCCCAGCGGCGCCGCGCCGGGACCCGCAGCUCGCCCGCAGAGGCGGUGCCAGGGCAGCAAGCUACUCCCUGGUGCCCUUCGGAGGCUUUGCCAGAGUGGAUGCAGACUUUGGGGAACCUUUCUUUGCCAUGGACAGGAUGAUGUCAAACAUGAGAAACAGCAUGCUGGAAAUGCAGAGGAAAUUUGAUGACCUGUCUGCCCACCCUGGUGCACACACAUUCAGCUCCUCCUCUGUGAUGACCUACUCCAAAGUAGGUGAUGAAGCACCCAAAGUCUUCCAGGCCUCAGCUCAGACCCGCACAGCCCCAGGAGGUGUUAAGGAGACGAGAAAAGCACUGAAGGACUCUGAGAGCGGAGUGGAGAGAAUGGCCAUAGGGCACCACCUGCAGGACCGUGCUCAUGUCAUCAGCAAGUCCAAGAACAGCAAGACUGGGGAUGAGGAAAUGAACCAAGAGUUCAUCAACAUGGAUGAGACUGAGGCCCAGACCUUUGAUGAAGAAUGGCAAAAGGAGAUUAUGAAGUUCAAGCCAUCAAGAACUGGAGGCCAUUUGGAAGCUCCAAAGUACAGGAGUAUUCAUCAUAUUCCCAAGGAAGAUGGACUGAGAAGGGAGAAGCCUCUCGCCAUCACAGCCUCCAGGGAGCCCAGAGCUGCUGUGGGGAGCCUCAACGUGAGAGGAACACAGCUGCCCCUCCAGAGCAGCAGGAAAUAAAUGGCUUCCAUCCUCCACUGCAGGGGGUGGAGGUCCUGCAGA